ACUUCACACAUCACUCAAACACAGAACCAGGAAACAGGAAACACGUGUAUUCAAGGAAAGAGAAACCAACAUGUAGUUGAGCUGUUGUGCGUUUGUGUCUCUGUAUUCAUGCAGUAAAAUGGCAGAAGCCAGAGUUUUUCAGGAUGAGUUCAUGUGUGCAGUGUGUCUGGAUCUCCUGAAGGAUCCAGUGGCCAUUCCCUGUGGACACAGUUACUGUAAGAGCUGUAUUACAGGCUGCUGGGAUCAGGAGGAUCAGAUGAGAGUCUACAGCUGCCCUCAGUGCAGACAGACCUUCAGUCCAAGACCUGCUUUAGCUAGAAACACCAUGCUGGCUGAAGUGGUGGAGAAACUGAAGAAGACCAAACUUCUUGAUGACUGUUACGCUGGAGCUGGAGAUGUUCAGUGUGACGUCUGUACUGGAAGAAAAUACAAAGCUGUCAAAUCCUGUCUGGUGUGUCUGAACUCUUACUGUCAGAAUCACCUCGAACAACAUGAGAGUUGGUUCAAAGCAAAGAGACACGAUUUGACUGAAGCCACUGGACGACUGCAGGAGAUGAUCUGCCAGAAACAUGAGAAGCUCCUCGAGGUUUUCUGUCGCACUGACCAGAAAUGUAUAUGUGUGUUCUGUAUGAUGGAUGAACAUAAAAACCAUGACACUGUAUCAACUGCAGCACAGAGGACAGAGAAACAGAAGCAGCUGAAGGAGACGCAGAAGACGCUCCAGCAGAGAAUCCAGCAGAGAGAGAAAGAUCUCCAGCAGCUGAGAGAGACUGUUGAGUCUCAUAAGCGCUCUGCACAGACAGCAGUGGAGGACAGUGAGAGGAUCUUUACUGAGCUCAUCCGCUCCAUUGAGAGACGCCGCUCUGAGCUGAUAUGGCUGAUCAGAGAUCAGGAAAAGCAAGCAGUGAGUCGAGCUGAAGGAGGACUGGAGCGACUGGAGCAGGAGAUCAAUGAUCUGAGGAGGAGAGACGCUGAGCUGGAGCAGCUUUCACACACACAGGAUCACAUCCAGUUCCUGCAGAGUUUCCAGUCUCUCUCAGCACCUCCUGAAUCUACAGACGUAAAUGAUGAUCUCUUCAGUUCUCUCUUCUCUUCUGAUGGUCUGAGAGAAUCUGUCCAUCAGCUGAGAGUCAAACUGGAGGAUUUCUGCAAAGAGGAUCUCAAGAAGAUCUCAGCCAGAGUCACAUUGACCACCAUUGUUCCCAGGACCAGGAACGACUUCCUACGAUAUUCCCAUCAGCUCACUCUGGAUCUCAACACAGUGAAUAAAAACCUCUGUCUGUCUGAGAACAACAGAGUGAUUACUGUCGCUGGCACAGUCCAGCCAUAUCCUAAUCAUCCAGACAGAUUUGAUUGUAUGUCUCAGGUGUUGUGUAGAGAGAGUGUGUGGGGACGGUGUUACUGGGAGAUUGAGUGGAGUGGAGAUGAUGUGUAUAUAUCAGUGUCAUAUAAGAGCAUCAACAGGAAGGGACGGAGUGUUGAGUGUUUGUUUGGAUAUAAUGAUCAGUCCUGGAGUUUGUUCUGCUCUCCCUCCAAAUACUUAUUCAGACACAGUAAGAUACAGGCUCGUCUCCCUGUGAAGUCCAUCAUCAGUAGAAUAGGAGUGUUUGUGAAUCACAGUGCAGGAACUCUGUCCUUCUACAGCGUCUCUGACACAAUGAGCCUCAUCCACACAGUCCAGACCACAUUCACUCAGCCGCUCUAUCCUGGGUUUUAUGUUGGUUCUGGAUCAUCAGUGAAACUGUGUUGAUGAAUCAGAAUAGACUGUAGAGAGAUUCUACACAUAAUGCUUUGAGCUGCAUGAUGAAUCAGUAACAGUGAGAUGUUUUUUCUCUUCAUGACAUUAAUACUGCAGCUGAACUUCUGUCAGUGAAAUAACAUGAAUCAGAAUAAAUGUGUGUAAUAAAUCCUCAUAUAGACAGUAAAAACAGUGUGUGUGUCAGUCUUGCUGAGUGACCAUGUGUUUCUGUGCUUUCUCUAUUUGUGUUGAUUGAAAUCAGUGAUUUAGUUUUUUAAUAUAGAGUCACAUCAAUCAUUUUUAUUAUUACUAUCAAAAUUACCUUUUAGUUGAAAAUGAUCACACACAGUCAAUAAAUCAUUUUCAUUUUGUUUCAAAUUUCAAGUUGUUAUAGCUCAUGUAUGCGCAUGUGGUUCAGGUAUACACUAUG